ACUAUUUUAUUAAUACAUUUUACCGUUAAUAAAUGUAUGAGUGAAGAUGGAUAUCACAGGUCUACAAGGUACUUUUUUAUCAGAUAUCAGAGUGGUUCUGCAAUGUAUUUUUGUGUCCUGAACACGAUCCCGGGUUCCAAAAUUGCGUAUCACGUCAGGAUUUCGAGUAAAGUGGGGAUAAAGUUUCCAAAAACCGCGUUUUUGAGGGAUUUCAGUUUUUUUUUUCUCCUUAACCUGACGUGAUAGAGACUUCUAUAUAGGCAUAAAUUAGGAGUUUGGCUCUGGCCUUCGUAGAGUAUAGACGUGUUUUCGUUUUGCUCCGUGCGAGUGUGUAGUUUUAUAGCUCGAUUAAAACGAGAUUGUUUUUAUUAAAGUGUUACGUUAAACAUUAACAGUUAUGGAAACUACUAAUAAUGACUUAAGUGAAGCUUAUGCUCUCAGUGCAAAGUGAUGUUAAAGAAUCUAUGACAAAAAUGGAUAACAUUAAGGAAGAUGUAAAAUCUUUAAAAAAACUCCCAUGAGGAAAUUCUCGAAGACUUGAAGGCCUGUAAAUCAAAUUGUGUUACUUUAGAAAAGAAAAUCACUACUCAUAGCAAAGAAAUUCAUUCAUUAGAAAAAUGAUUGGAGCUUUUGGACAUUAAUAAUAGAGCAAAGAAUAUUAUUCUGUAUAAUAUUCAAUACUCAACAACUGAAAGAAAGAACCUGCUUGAAUCUGUGCAAUCGAUCUUCAAAAAAUCGGCUAUAAAUAUUCCCGAGGAACACAUUGAAUCAAUUUUUAUAUUAGGAAGAAAUAACGGUCCUAGACCUAUUUUAAUAAAGUUCUCUAACCUGAAAUAUAGAGAUUUAAUAUUUCAAAAUGCGAAAAUUCUUCGUUCAAUGGAUGUGUCAUUCUCUGUAGAUUUCACCCAAGAACAACAACAGAUACGUAAAGAAUUGAAACAUUUUCAAAAUAUUUUGAACACUCAAGAUAAGCAGUCUGCUAUCAGAGGAACGAAAUUACUUUAUGAUGGGAAAUAUUAUAAUCUAGCCGAGAUUCGAGUAUUAAUCGCUGAGACAAAUGAAGAUAACACCACUGAUGACGAAAGUUCGAUUAAAACACAAAGUUCUACAGGACGAUGGAGAAACCUGCUCCUCCAGAAAAACAUCAGCAGCUGUCCAGUGUGUCUCAUCAUUAAGGAUUAUCUUCUGGAAUGUCAGGGGACUAAGUAAUCUAGAUGACAUCUUGGACCAUACUUCCGAUAGUGAUAUAAUAUGUUUGAGUGAAACCUGGGCAACAUCUACAACUCCUCUAACUGGAUAUCUACAGAACCCCGAUCUCCAUCUGAUUUCAAGUUUGGCAAAAAAAAAACAUGUCAAAGGUCAUGCGAAGGGAGGUUUACUUGUGAUAUCUAAUAAAAGGAAAUAUAAGAUGCAAUUGAUAAGUGAUAGAAGUAGUGUUGAUGUAAAUGUAGAUAAGCGUGGCGAGUUAAUCACUGAAUGCUUUGAAGAGUUGGGUAUGUUUGUUUUGAAUGGAAGGACGAAAAACGAUUCACCAUCUUAAUACACAUUUAUAAGAGGUAAGAGUAGAUCUAUUAUUGAUUUUGCGUGGGCGAACCCAAUUAGUGCUGAUUUAAUCGAUGAUUUCAAGGUUUUAAAUGUGAUAACUAAAUCUGAUCAUUUUCCCAUUGCAA